CUAUCCCACUCCAAUGUCAGCGUUCAACCAGACCGUGACUCAUUUUGUGUUCUUGGGACUGACUGAUAUCCGGAGUCUGGAGCUGGCUUUGUUUGUCAUUUUUUUCAUCAUCUACCUGCUUAUUUUAAUAGGGAAUGUCCUCAUCAUAGUGACGGUGGCUUCUGAUCGGUGCCUCCACACCCCCAUGUACUUCCUCUUGGGGAACCUCUCUUUGAUUGACAUCUGCCAUUCAUCUGUCACUGCACCCAAGAUGCUGCUUGACACCUUCCUCUCCCAGAAGGUGAUCUCCUUCGGGGGAUGUGUGGCUCAACUCUUCUUCCUCCACAUCUGUGCCUGUGCUGAGAUCUUCCUCCUGACUAUCAUGGCUUAUGACCGUUGCGUUGCCAUCUGCUACCCAUUGCAUUAUGUGAAACACGUCAACCUGAAGAUUUGUGCGUACUUGGUGGGCGGUUUGUGGGUGGGCGCGACUGUCCAUUCCCUGGUCCAGACUGUUCUCACUGUUCGCCUCCCUUACUGUGGCCCAAAUGUCAUAGAUAGCUUUUUCUGUGAUGUCCCACCGGUCAUCAAAUUGGCUUGCACUGAUACGUACUUCACUGGCGUUCUCAUCGUAUCGAAUAGUGGCAUGAUCUCCUUGGUGUGCUUCUUGGCCUUGGUGACUUCCUAUGUCAUCAUCCUGUUCUCACUGAGGAGACGGACUGCUGAGGGCCGUCGCAAAGCUUUCUCAACCUGCAGUGCCCACUUACUGGUUGUGGUCUUGUUCCUGGGGCCAUGCAUCGUCCUCUACAGCCGCCCUGCUUCCAACUUCUCCUCAGACAAACUGAUAGCUGUUUUCUACACCAUGGUUACUCCUCUCCUCAACCCUGUGAUCUAUACCCUGAGGAACAAAGAGGUAAAGAAGUCCAUGCAGAAACUCUGGCUCCGGAAGAAGAUAUUUUUUACAAGGGGAUGAGUUGGCCAACUAGCUUGACAAGAAAUAGGAGAAGACAAAGG